CAACUAUUGAUAUCAAUAAAGAUGACAAUCAAAGACAAUAAUAGCGACGAUAUGUUUGAAGUAUUGAAUUCAAGUGAUGACGCCUUUAGUUAUGUUAAUAAAUAUUACAAAGAUUUGAAAAAGUCUUCGUCGGCCAAACAGUUGACAGUUGGAGCCAUAAGUGGUUGGACUGCAGGCUUUGUUUUGGCCAAAUUCGGGAGGACUGCGGGCGCGGCCAUCGGUGGCGCCUUUUUGUUGCUAAAUAUGGCUCACUAUAAUGGAUAUAUAAGAGUUGAUUGGAAGCGAUUAAAUCGAGACUUUGAAACCGCAAAAAAAGAGUUAAAACGUAAAGAUAAAGAAGUGACACAUUUGAUGACAAGACUGCAGAUAUUUGCCAAACAAAAUGUUGUGUUUGCGUCGGGUUUUGCCGGCGGACUCCUUCUCGGCAUCUCUUCUGCCUAAAGUACUAUCAUUUUAUUAUAUUUUGUUUUUAUAUAUAUUUAAUGAUUUAUUUAACAACAAGUUUUGUUUGACUUAAUUAUGUUUGUUAGUUAACAUAACAUCACAUAUAGUAUAAUCAUUACUG